UCAUGAAUCUUCUCCAGCCUUGCAUCCUCUCGAACUCUCUUUUCUGCUGAAUCUCUUCUCCUCUGCCGAAAAAAAAAAGAAGAAACCUACAAAAUAAAAAAAACUUGAGAUAUUGGGUCCCCUCCAUCGGACUCCAAUUAUUCAACAUCUUCGAUUCUCCCAUUAUCUGUGUCACCUAUUCUCUCCUUUCGAUCAUCUCCUAAUAAAAGGGGAUUCGGACAAAGGAGUGGACCGGGGAACAGGUCUCGGGAUUCCGUUUCUUCCUCUGUUCCGGAUCUUCUCUCUGGAAUUUUAUUGAUUUUUGGUUUUUGGAGGACACUCUGGGGGGCUUUUUCAACUUGCUUUUUUUGGAGGAUUUUCUGAGGAGGAUUUUUCUGGGAUGUUUUCUGGACGGCUGUUUGGGAGAGCCCUUUUCGGGCAGAUUUUCUCGGCUGAGUGUUUCCUGGAGUUUUUCUGGACUGCUUUUUCGGGCAAUGCAAGCUGAUACAGAACAUGACCCUUUAUCAUCAUCAAAAUCUACGUCCAAGAAAACCAAGAAGAGGAAGAGAGAAAAGCAGCAUAAAGAAGCAGGAGAAGAGGAACCGGCGAAAGCAGUGGAAAUCAUCAAAGCUAAAGUCCUAGUCAUCCCCGAAGAUUCCAACAAGAUUCCUCCGAUAAUUUCCUAUUUCUCAUCUGGGUACGACCCCUGCAAGAACAGGAACAGCCUACCGAGUGUCAAGGUUUUCAGGAACAAGUCUGAGAGAAAGGCUAACAGGCUGCAGGUUGUGGUCAAACCGAAUGAUUCAAAUAUGGAGUUUGCGGGGACCAAUUAUUCUGGUGAGGCAGCCGUUGCUCAGCUGUGCAGCUAAUCACUUGGUGUUCUUGAUAAGGAGACGCAGACUCUGAAGAUCAUUGCCAUUGCUGCUAAUAAGGUUUUUAGAUAGGUACCAAAAGUCAGGACAUUGGAUUGCACUGACAAGAAUGCCUCUAAUUCAGCAGAACUGUCAAGAGCAGAGAAAGAAGAUAAAAUGAAUGAGCUUACCAGUCGUUAUGGAAGCAAGAAGUCUAUAAAGCAGGGCAAGAUAAGGAAAGAGUUGAACAAGUUAAUCCUGCAUCACAGAGGAAGUUUCCAUUGACAAAGUGGUUCUAGAAAGUACCAGUGCACAUGUUUCUCGUAAUAUCCCACCUCAUGACUUGUCUGCUGCUACACCCCAGGAGGCUUAUCCACUUGACAAGAUCAUCCUUAGAGGAGAAUGGGAAUUCCUUGAAGACAUCUAUAAGCUUUUGCAAGAAGGUGCAGAAGUAGCAGCUAACACAGAUCCAACUUUUGUCAGCAACAGACUCCAUAAGUUGCAGGAUAUUCAGAUAAAGAUGUCAAAAAAUCUUAAAUUCUUUUUGCUUGCUAAGUACUGAUACAUAGAAGAAAAGGUUUUAUUAUUAUGUUAGGAUAGAAAAAGGCAAAAUUACUAUGAAUAUUUAAGCCACUGAGAAUUUACUCACUAAAGGCCAUGAGAGAGAAAGUACCUGUUUUAUCCAAAAUUAGUACAAAGCAGACAUUGGAAUUACUUAAAUUGGUUAUCAAUGAAAAAUAUUAUGCACUUAUAUAAUUUUUGAUAUUGAGCAUCCAUGCUCUUGGCAUUUUUAUGUUUCCUAGUAGUUUUUCUUACCCAUUUUAUUUGCUCAAUAUGGACACGAACUCCAAUUUCUUCUCUCUCCAAAUCAGUUUUGCAUCAUCUACUACCUCUCUCUCUUUGCCAUGUAUUUAGCAUUUUGUAGGACGAGGUGGAAAAGAAUAAACUUUGCUGUGUUUU